AGCAUUCCGGCUGGGUGCGUGGACGGGAGCGCAGCUCUGCUCCGACACCGAACUUUCCCAACAACAUGACGACAAACUCCUGACAACUCGACCGCUGGAAACUACGUUAUUGUUGGGGCUUUUUUUUUUUUUUCCUCUUGGUUUGACGUCACCGUCCCGACUCUUUCUGGCAGACAGGACACUUGGAGAAGAGGAGUUCUGGGGGAAGCAGACAGCAGUGCCGGCCGGAGGACAUGGAGCACUUGUGAUCCCCCCCCCCCCCCCAUAUCUUGUGGAUCUGUCUUGUAAGUUGCUAAGAAGAAGAAGAAAGAUUUCUGCGACUUGUUACUUUUUCUCCAAUGAUGGAGGCUGUGAGCAGGAGCUUCCAGCCUCAUCCAGGUCUCCAGAAGACCCUGGAGCAGUUCCACCUGAGCUCCAUGAGCUCCUUGGGCGGCCCGGCCGCCUUCUCGGCGCGCUGGGCGCAGGAUAUGUACCAUAAGAAGGAGAGCGGGAAGGAACCGGAGUCCGUCCUGCAGCUGCCGGUGCAGCCCCCGCCCGUCAUCCCCGGGGGGCCCCUCUUCAUCCCGUCCGAUCGCUCCACCGAGAGGUGCGAGACCAUCCUGGAAGGGGAGACCAUCUCCUGCUUCGUGGUCGGCGGCGAGAAGAGGCUUUGCCUCCCGCAGAUCCUCAACUCUGUGCUGAGGGACUUCAGCCUGCAGCAGAUCAACUCUGUGUGCGACGAGCUGCACGUCUACUGCUCCCGGUGCACGGCCGACCAGCUGGAGAUCCUCAAAGUCAUGGGCAUCCUGCCCUUCUCGGCGCCCUCCUGCGGCCUCAUCACCAAGACGGACGCCGAGCGGCUGUGCAACGCGCUGCUGUACGGGGGCAGCUACCCGCCGCGGUGCGGCAAGAAGGACGGCGGCGGCGGCGCCCUGGAGCUGGAGGUGACGGAGAAGAGCUUCAGGGUCUACCACGAGUGCUUCGGCAAGUGCAAGGGGCUCUUCGUGCCGGAGCUGUACGGGAACCCGAGCGCCCCCUGCAUCCAGUGCCUGGACUGCCGCCUACUCUACGCGCCGCACAAGUUCGUGGUGCAUUCACACAAGGCGCUGGAGAACCGGACCUGCCACUGGGGCUUCGACUCGGCCAACUGGCGGGCGUACAUCCUGCUGGCCCCGGACUACUCCAGCGAGGACGAGCAGGCCCGGCUCGGGCGGCUGCUGGACGACAUGAAGGACAAGUUCGACUACAGCAACAAGUACAAGAGGAAAGCGGCCAGGAUUUCUUCUGAGUCUGUACCUAAAAAGUCAAAAACUGAUGAAUCGAUCAUCCACUCCCCAAGCUCAGCAGAGAAAGACAAGUCCUCAAGUUGGUUACGGAAUUUGUCGAACUCCAGCAAGAAUUCAGCAUAUAGUAACCCUCGCCAGCGCCUGUCAGCUUUCCGGCCCUGGUCCCCUGCCAUUUCAGCAAAUGAGAAGGAGUUGCCUGCCCUAAUCAGAGAUGGUUUUUAUAGUUACAAGAGUUUUGAGCACCUGGUUGCCCCCAAUGUCGCUUUGGCACCCCCUGCCCCACAGAAAGUCAUCACAAGCCCAUUGUGUGCCCCAACUGUGCCAAGAAGCAUUCAGGCAUCGAGUAGCCCUGCACAGUCCCGAAAACGAAGGCCGACUGCAGAAAUGCCCCCAGCACCUGAGGUACCAGCCCCUCCCGUUCCAGCCCGGGAAGAAGAGAGAGAAUCUGAAACGGAAAUCGAAGUGGAAAGUAGAGAAGAAUGUAAGUUUACCUCUUCGCUGUCUUCGCUCUCCUCUCCUUCCUUCACAUCCUCAAGCUCCGCCAAGGAGUUAAGUUCUCCGGGCAUGUUGGCCCCGACGGUAAUCAACCCUUUAUUUGAAGGGGCACAUCAUUGUGACUCUCACAGCAGCGGACUUGAGGCAGAAUUGGAACACCUAAGGCAAGCCCUGGACAGUGGUCUAGAUUCCAAGGAAGCCAAAGAAAAGUUCCUCCACGAAGUUGUUAAAAUGAGAGUGAAACAAGAAGAGAAACUGAAUGCUGCAUUGCAAGCUAAACGGAGUCUCCAACAGGAGCUGGAGUUUCUCCGAGUGGCCAAAAAAGAGAAGUUGAGAGAAGCAACAGAGGCAAAACGCAACUUAAGAAAAGAAAUAGAACGUCUCCGGGCUGAAAAUGAAAAGAAAAUGAAGGAGGCUAACGAAUCGCGGUUACGUCUGAAGCGAGAGUUGGAACAAGCUAGGCAAGUCAGAGUGUGCGACAAGGGCUGCGACGCAGGCCGGAUACGGGCGAAAUACUCUGCUCAGAUAGAAGAGCUGCAAGCAAAACUCCAGCAUGCAGACAGUGACAGAGAGAAACUUCGGACAGAUCUUGUACAGGAGCAGGAAGCCAGAGAACACUUGGAAAAAGUUGUCAAAGAUCUACAGGAACAACUUUGGGCCAAGCCCACCAACCUUUCCAGCAGUGAACACACACGAAAAGACAUUGAGAACUAAUGCAAAAUAAAACACACACAAAAAAUUCCUUUUGAAGCAAAAAAAAAGAAAGUAUCUAUUCAUAAACAAGAUUUUACGUAUAUGCACAGGAAGAGGAAGAGGCUGUCCGAUGUAUGCAUGAAUAGGUGCACGUGUGAGUGUAUGGAGUGUGUGCAAAGAGCAUGCACUAAUAAAUAUGAACAUUUUACAAGAGUGGAAAAUGAUAGAUCCUAUACAACAGAAGCACUGAACUAUGCCUCGUUUGAUCCCACACAGCACAACAUCUUACUGUGCCUCAGACAGAGUGUUUAUAAAAGGAGCCAUUUAGGCUCAAAAAUUACUUUUUUUUUUUUUUUUUUCUACGUGUCAACUACAAGAUAACGCAGCAUUCAAGUCAAAGAUUUAAACAAAGCAAGCAUGAUCAUUUAGGGGGAAAAAAAAGAGAAAAAAAAUCAUUCUUACGCUUGCCUGGAUCACUUUGAGAUUUACAUUUUCUUAUAAGCUAUUUAAUAUAAAAAAAAUAUAUUAAAAUGAUCAGAACAUUGUAAAGACUCCAUAAAACGGGGAAAACUUUUUUUUGUAUAACAGAACUGAAACUUUGGUGCACAAUUUUAACUGACUUGUUACAGGCUUUUUGGGGUUUAUUAAAAAAAAUAAAAAAAUAAAAAUCAACCCUUCCUUGCUACUCCAGAAUCCACCCUUCCUCUCGACGCCAUAUUCAGAUCGACUGUGCAAUGUAUUUGGCAGCAAGCCAUCCAUUUUGAACCCUGUUCGAGACUCUACUACAUUAGUGGCUUCUCCAUCAGAUUCUGUUGCCUGGGGAAUUAUCCAAAUGCUCCACCUUUUUGGUUUUGUUUUGUUGCCUGGGUAUUAUCCAAAUGCUCCACCUUUUGGUUUUGUUUUGUUGCCUGGGUAUUAUCCAAAUGCUCCACCUUUUUGGUUUUUUGUUUUGUUGCCUGGGUAUUAUCCAAAUGCUCCACCUUUUUGGUUUGGUUUUAUAUAUAAUUUUUGUUUUGCCGAGACAGGUUUAUCUGUGCACAUAUAGGAGAGGGUGAAAGACAGAACAUCCAAAAAACAAAUAAAAGAAAUGGAACCGUUUAGCCGUAUUGACCAGUGUUUUUAUAAAUGCCGCCAUAUUGGAAAGAGAUCUCUAGGUGUAUAUUGAAUCAAAGUACUCUUUGCAAAUUGUCCAGAAAGGGGGCAAUCGGGUUGGGAUAAAGAAUAUAAACUGGCUGUUAAAAAGUUUGUGCAACUAACAGCAAGUAUUUGGGAGUCUAUGUAAUCUGUUCUGUUAGUUUUUGUUACAGUUUUCAUAAAUUCAGUAUUUUGUUCUAUGGCUGCUGUUAGCGUGUUUUGAGCGCAUGUUAACACAGUGCAAUGCUGAAUGCUAGACAGAGAGAUGCAAACACUAUCUUGCUGCUUAAAAUAUCCUAUACAGGUGGCUGGAAUUAGAGGAUAGAUAUUUGCAUAGUAGAAAGUGUCAUUAGAAGGAAUAAUAGAUAUAAACAACAAAGCACAAUGAGCUCUUUGUAAUAGACUAUGUCCCUACCUUCUUAUAGGGGCUGCCUUUUAAUUACUUUUUUUUAUACUAAAAACAGCGCCACCUCUGUCCAUGGGCUGUGUCGGGUAUCACAGCUCAUCCCCUUUCAAGUGAGCUACAGUACCAGACGCAAGCCAUGGAUUGGGGCACUACUUUUUUUUUUGGGAGGAAAAAUAACUUUUAUGGUUAUUUACUAUAUGAUUUUUAGGUUGCAUCGUCAUAUUCAUCUCAGAAUAUGGCCCUACAGUUGAGUAUCACCAAAAGCAGCCUCUGGGAAUCCUGUAUAUGCCAUAGGGAACAUGGAAUCUAAUUGAAAGAAAGCUAUCCUCAAAUUCUAGCCAUGGUGCUAGGAAGAAUUUAAUGAUCUUAAUACUGAAGUCCGUUGAACAGUUUAGGUACUGACUUGACCAACUAUUUUUGCAGGUUGCUUGAUGUAUUUUGUGUGUGGGGGGGGGGUAA